UUGAAUGUACACUAUCCAACACCUAACCGUAAACUUUAGUCAGCAUAUAGUACACUCAAUACAUGCGUAGAGUCUACACCCUUUAGGGGUGAUUUAACGUUGGUGGGCAACACUGCAGCUCGUCUCAAUGUUCCAGGGCUGUCUGAAUCUUUUGAUACCAUAGACAGAGUCUCAUUCAACUUGUUGUGGAAAUGGUUGGACUGUACAUAUAAACGAAUCCGAUUCAAUUAUUAAAAAAAACAACAGCAAAAAAAAAGCAAGUUUCUAUGCAUUGUUGUGAAUACUUCUCGUUUAAGAGGGAAGAUGUUUCUAUCAUAAAUGUUGAGUUUAGAUUCACCACUGUACAUUAAACAAUGAUUUAUAAUCACAGCUUUAUUGAUAUCAUAUUUACUUGUACAAAUGUUUAUCUGAUAACCGUUUUUUAAUUGUGAUACAGCGAAAAGUAGCCAGCUGAUAAAUUAUUUAUACAACCUAGUAAGAAUAGAAAUGUUUAAUAUAGAUCUAUUAUUUCUUCUGUUGGUUGGGUUUUGUUCUUCUGCGGCGUCGUUUUUAGCGACCAAUCCCCAGAACACUGAUGAUAUACAAUAUCUUCAUCUCCUCCUGUCUGACGAGAAAGCUGAGAGGAUGAGACUUCAGACCCAGGUUGAUAAGAUGGCGUCGGCUUUGCAGACAUUGCAAGAACAGAUGGAGGAAAAACAAAACUGCGAUUGCUCCAAGAAUACACCAAACAUAGCUUUCAGAACUGAACUGAGUAAGGACCUUGGUUCUGUAUCAAGUAACCAUGUGGUAAUUUUUGAUGAAGUUGACCUUAAUUUAGGCAGUGCUUACGAUCCGCGGCACGGAAUAUUUACUGCACCUGUCAACGGUACAUACCUUUUCUCCAUGGCUCUCGGAAACCCUACAGGUCAUACGGGUGCGUUUUACAUGAAGAAAAAUAGCCACACAAUUGAAUACGUUUUUGCUGGACACACUACAGGUUGGAAUAUGGGCGGAGUUACCACUGUAGCAGAACUUAAUUCUGGUGAUGACGUGUGGGUUGAAGGGGAGGGGUAUAUUUCGGGUGCUUAUAGCCAUAUUAGGUACCAUACAGGAUUUUCUGGAAUUCUGAUUCAUGCGUACUGAGUUGUGUAGUAAUUAAUUUUGUUGAAAUCAUGGUAAAGAGAUAACUGAUCGAUUACUCUAGGUGGUUUGUGAGUACACUGUAUUUUCAUUCUCUGCCGAAAUUGGCUGAGACUUGUAAUAGCCCUGUACCAGAUCAGGUAUCUUCAGACCUGGAUGAAAUAUUAGUUAAAUUCAGUCCGUAAAGAGUACGUUUUGCUUCU